AUGAAUAUAAAUAAUAUAAUUAAAAAUACUCAAAAUUUAAUAGAAUAAGAUAUUCUUAAGCACCUGAAUGCCACUUGUUCAUUUAAGAAUUAGUUUUAGAUAAUACAAAAGGGUUGUGGUAAAAAUUAAUAUCAAAAUUAUAUUAAUUUGAUUGAAGGCUUUACUAAUAUUGAAUGCUAACCUAAAGAAAUAAUUUUUAGAUUAUAUGAAAUUUUACCAAUAGUUUGUCAAAAGUAAAUUCUAGAAGCUGAAAAGUAAAUGAAUAAUUUUAUCACUCCAACUUCAUUUUAAAUUUAAUUUUAAAAAGAUUAGAUUACUAAAUUAAAAAUGCUUAUUCCCUUCAAAAAUCUUACAAAAGAUAAAUUAAUAUUAAAUCCAUUAUUUUGUGAUUUCUAAAUUUUUUUGGAGAGCCUCAAAUAUAAUCAAUCAUAUUAAAAUGAAAUAAAUAAAAUUGAUGCUGAUGAAUAGUAUGUAAUUAUGUUGCUAUGGAGACUAAGAGAGAUUUUGAAUAAUAAAAAUUAUGGAAAAGCUUAAUUUGAAGUCAUACUCUUUCCAAAAUAAUUUAAUUUUGGGAUUAUUUAAAUAAAAAAUGGAAUAGAAACAAUUUAUUUUGAUUCAUUAGAACAUUAAUGGAAUUUUUUAAAUAUGAAUAACAAAUUUCAUAAAUAAUCAGCUCUAAUUUCUGAAGCUUUAUCAAAUAAGGAAAUAAAUGAGUUAAAUAUAAACUUGUUUGAAAUUUAUUAGUAUGAUCAAAUAAUGAAAGAUUAAACAAUAAUAGAAAAAAAAUAGAGAAAAAAUAAGGAAAUGAAAUAAAAAUUGGAUAGAGAAUUGAUAAAAAAAAUAAAAUAAGAUUAAGGGAUAAAGUUUUAAAAAUACUUUUUGAUUAGACCUAAAAACUUUGUCAAUAUUUAAAGUAUUUUCUGUUUACAUGAUGGAAUAAAUAAUUAUUUAAAACAUUCACUUAUAUUUGAUAACUAAUAAAAUCUAUAAUGUAAAUGUGGAAGGGAAUUUGAUGUAUAUACUUGCGAUACUUUAAUAAUAGAUAAAGAUUUUAGAGAUAUUAUUGAUUUUAUAAUUUAAGAAAUGAUUGCAGAUAAGUAUUUAGAUUAUAGAAUAUUUUUAAUACCACUUUUUUUAGAAAUUGAGAUAGAUUAAUAUAAAAAUUAAUUUAUUGUUAUAUUUUUUAGAGAUAAAUAUAAUAAUAAAGUACCAUUGAAAAGGUUUUUAUUUAAGGCAAAAAAUUAUAAUUAUGAUAUAAACUGUAUAUUAGAGAAAGAAGGUGAUUAGGAUGAUUUAUUUGAAGGAGAGGAUAUUACAGAUUAUUCAGUUAUUGAGGAUGAUGUUAUUAUUGAUUAUUGA